GUCAUACACUUGAACGCUUAACGAUUCUGUUCUGUGCGCUUGAACUAAAGUGGUAUUUUUUUAUUCUGUUCUGGUUUUUCUCUCAGUUUGGGCUCGUGUCUUACUUAUUUUGUUGUUUGUGAUUGUGAGGAAAAUAACUCAAUCCGCAAUGUCUACUGAUAAUAUCGAAAAGUUGUAUGAAAACUACGGCAUAUUGGCCGACGCCAAGGAUGAUAUUUCAAAGCAUGAAAAAGAAUAUUUGGAAAUAUUAGCAGCUGUUAAGGGAUCAGACAAGGAAAAGCGCUUAGCGUCACAAUUCAUUGCAAAAUUCUUUCAUAAUUUCCCUAACCUAUCAGAACAAGCUAUUGAAGCACAAUUCGAUCUUUGUGAAGACGAUGAUGUUGCUAUUCGUAAACAAGCAAUCAAAGAUUUGCCAGUGCUUUGUAAGGAAAAUAAAGAACACACUCAAAGAAUAGCUGAUAUCUUAUCUCAGCUUUUGCAAUCUGAUGAUACUACUGAAAUUAAUGUAGUCACUAACUCGUUGAUGACCAUAUUAAAAGGUGAUCCAAAAGGAGCACUCACAGGCAUAUUUUCUCAAAUACACCAGAGCACAGAUGGUGAGGUCACAAAUGAUAUUGUAAGGGAGCGCUGUAUUAAAUUCUUGGCAACAAAAGUUAAACAACUUGGACGAGAAAUCAUAAACAAGGAAGCAGAAGAUCUAAUUAUUGCUGAAUGUAAAAAAAUUUUAGAGGAUGUUGUUGCUGAAGAAUUUGAGCACAUUAUGGAAUUACUUACCUGGUCCAGACUUGGUAAAACUCCUGCAGGAAAAAAGGAAUUAGUGCAACUUGUUGCAGCACUAGCAUUCUCUCCAGAAGAUUGGCAUCCAGAAGAUCCAGAAUAUGUUGAUAGAAUUAUACAGUGCUCUCAACAUGCUUUACCAUUAUUUUCUUCUCAAGUAGAUUCAUCGCAGUUUGUUACAUUCUUCUGUGAUCAUGUGCUAGUCCGUUGGGAUGACAUAACUACAGCAGAAGGCGGUGCUGAUUCAAAAUUAGAAUUGUUGAAAAUCUUAGCAGAAAUUACAGAGCACUGUGGAGAUGUUGAAAACAUGCAAGAAAAAAUAAACACUGUUUAUGAUAUACUUAUGAAAUACUUGCCAGAGGCUCCAGUUGCCACUGAAGAAAAUAGUGCAGAUAAAGACAAACAAGAAACGGAAACUAAACAAGAGGAAACCUCAGCUAUGCCAUCUUUACAGUUUUCUCAUGUGGAAUGUGCAUUAUUUGCACUACAUUCAUUGUGUCGCAAAUCACCAGAUACACUUGGCGCUGAUACUACUCGACUAAAAGCACUGCGUUUACGUUUGCAAUAUACUGCUAGACUAACACAAGGAUAUAUAAAAAAAUUAAAGGAAGUCACACAGGGUAAGAAAGGGCAAGAAGACUCGGAAGAAAACAAAUUGAAAAUUGCAGCACUGAAGACAACAUCAAAUAUCAACACUCUUAUCAGGGAUAUAUUCCGUACUCCACCGAGUUUUAAGAGUAAAGUACAACUUUCAUUUGAGUCCCCCAAAAAAUCUGAGAAAGAGGAAAAACUAGAGAACACAGGAAACAAAGACAAACCAAUCUCAGGACAAAAACGGCACCAGCCAAUCACAUUUGACAAUGGUGAAGAAAAAUCAGCUCCUGAAAAACGAGCCCGCAGUGGUGAUAGAAACUUGAAAAUGUACACACCACCAUCUGGCAAAUAUAGUUCAAGACUGAAUAAUACUGGCAGAUUCUCAGGCCCCAAUCCUGGCAGGGGUCGAGGGGGAUAUGGUAGGCGCGACUUCCGUAACAACGGCGCACCAUACAGACGUCGUAGUAAUUAUUAAAACUGAACAAAAGGAC